ACCUCCUGCAUAAUUAGACCUAAUUUAGAAGCUAAAAAAAAGAACCAAGGAGUAGCGGCUGGAGCCCAGCGGCCGUAGAGGAGAUUUGUCAGUGAAGAGUCGAGAUAAUCUGCAAAAGGGAAGCGGAAAUUUCUCUUUUGAAGAAAUAUGGCGAGCGCGAGUCUACCAUCUUCUCCACCUCCGCCAUCACCUCCUUCCAUCUCUGCUUCCCAUUCUGAGUCCUCCGCCACUCUUCCCACUGCUCUAGUACCCCCUCAGCCUCAGGUUGAGGCUGCUGUCGACAAUGGAAACCUCAAUGUCGAAGACCUAAAGCCUCAAAUUGCUGAUCAUUUUGCGGUACUUGAUAAUCCAGAAUACAUUGAGAAGUACAAGAAAUAUGAGGCUGACUACACUCAUCGAUUGAUGGCAAAGUAUUUCUCUAAGAAGAAUUUUUAUGGAGGCAACAUUUUUGAUGAGAAAACAACAAUAGAUAGUGAGACGAUAUUGUCAAGCAGGUGGCCUUGCACUAGAUCAUUUGCAGACCCAGCUCAUGCAUUUGAGGAUCAAAGCAAUGGUGGUUCAAUUUCUGAGGCAGAAACCCCAACUAACAUCUCAAACGGGAAACUCCCACUCAAAAAGAAUGCCUGACAGUACAAUUGAUGGCAUUCCCGCAAUAUGGUAUUGUAUGUAAAUAAGCAUGGAUAAUGUAGACCAAAAAGCUAUUUGAAGUAAUAGACCCGAAGUUUUCUACAAUUUGUCAUGUUCUGUUAGCAAAUGACUUUUGUCAAUGCCUAUAUGUAGCAAAUAGCAUCGAUUAUUAUAUCAUAUCCAUUGCAAAAUGAAAAGGGAAUUUCAAGCAAUUAUUUUGGGAGAGGGAUCUGGUGACUGGUGAGGUUGCAGACAUAAGUAUGAGAAUAAUCAUAACAAUAAUGAAACAAUGAUAAUGUCAAGCUUUUUGGGAGGAAAAGUAAAGACUUCUGAAUCCUGACAGGUUUUGAGCUGUUCCAAUUGCAUAGGAGUAGUUUUUUAAAAUUUGAGGUCGGAUCAGGUGAAAAUCAAGAUCGGAUCGAGGUGGUAUAGUUUUAAUUUUUGAAAAAGUGAUCAACCCCACCGAACACAACACUACAUUUAAAUUUACUCACUUGAUUUUGAUACCCAAAUUGCAUAAUUACAGCAAUUUAGUUCUUGUUUCCAAACAAGUUCUUAGUUGUGCAAAAAAAGGCAAAUUGUUGAUUUACAUGGGUAAUUCCCAUAGGGCCUUCCUUACCUAUCCUCAAGAACUAAAAUCAAUUUUCUCUUUUUUCAGUAAAAAUGAUUGAUAUCCUAACACCAUAACCGAUCAUGUACUAAAACAUAAUUGCAUAAAUCGAAUCUGUUAGGAUACUUUGCUCUAGUAUUACUUAAAAUCUGAAUCAACCUCGUUAACACUUUUUAACUGAUGG